AGGACAGAGCUAUCUAAGGACAUUGCUUCCACUGAAGAUGACAGCCUAUCUCCUAGGACAAAGAAUCCAGUGCAAGGCAGUCUACCUUCUUGCUCAACAGGGACAAUGCUGAAAAAGAAUAUGCAGGGUGCAACUCCCACUGACAUGCAGCUCAUGUCCUCUAUGACGCAAAAAAUUGCUCUGUUGGAACAAAAAGUAAAGAAACAAGCACAGGAAAUCCAACUGAAGGACAGGAAGAUUGCUGAACUUGAGGGGAAGAUGAAGACCCUUCAGAAAGGAGAAGAUGCUCCUGACUCAUCCAGAGCAGAGGAACUGGAACUGAGGUGCCUUCAGCUGCAGACCCAGGUCUGGGAGAUGGAGCGGUUUCUAAAUGACUACGGUCUGAUUUGGGUUGGAGAGAGUCGUGAACAGCUGGAAGAUUUAGAAUCAUUCAAGGAGGAAGAAAAGCUGCCAGCAAGGAGUCUCUGGAAGCCAGGUGAAGCAGUUGCUUCAAAACAUCAGAUUGAUUUUGACUUAAUUUUGGAAAACGUGAAGGAUUUGAAUGCACUGGCUGAGGAAGGCAUUUCUCAAAUCGAGCAGACGCCUGGGGGUGCUCGGCUGAGACAGACAGCAUCCCUCCCUCUUACGCUGUAUCAAAACGGGCUCAUCAUGUGCAAUGGACCCUUUCGGCCCUACGAGGAACCAUCUACACAGCAAUGCCUGCAGGAUAUCGUGGAUGGCUAUUUCCCUUCAGAGUUGCAGACACGCUACCCCAAUGGCAUUCCUUUACAGGUCACUGACAAGAGAGAUGUGGUAUUUCGGGAGAGACGUCUUCCAGGGAGCUUUCCUGGCCGUGGCCAAGCGGUUGGCCAUUCAAAAUCAAGCGAGGUGCAGAAAGCCACUGAGAUCCCAGGUCCCAGACUCUCACUGGAGCAGUUUCUGAACAAACUCCCCAAGUCCUUGAUCCGUGGAGGACAAGUGAUCGAUGUCCGAGACUCAAUCAGAGCAACGCUGCAGGGCUCUGAUGGGGCGCAGAGCAGUGAAGUGAUCCAAGUGGAGACCCCGAGGCUGGAUGCCCUAAAGAGGGUGAAGACAGCUGAAGAGGCCAAGCCUCCUGCCCCAAAUAUCUGCACUCUUCGGAUCAAGUCCGAGACCGGGGAGCAGACAUACAUCGUAAAGAUGCUCUUCACAGAAACCAUAGGGGACCUGCGCCAACACCUCGCCCACACCAGGGGCGGAGACUCCGAGUCGUAUGAGAUCAUCAGUACCUUUCCCCAGAGGGUGUACGCGGACAACUCCCAGAGCCUGCAGGACUGUGGCCUGAUCCCUAAUGCCUCCUUGCUGCUGCGAAAAGACCCCUUCCAAGAAGGCGGGACAGGGCUGCAAACAGCUCAACAGCUUCUAGCAAGAAGGUUGCCAUUCCAGCUGCUCCUCCUGUCAGGACUGGGCUGGUCUCUGCAAGAGGAAGGAGUUGCCUUGCAGUUAGAUAAAUUAUAAGCCUCCCCUGAGCUGGGAAUAGAGGAGAGGGUUGUCUUCUAGAUUUCGUUUCAUAGUACUGUUACCUGGGACAGCGAGAAGAGCUCUGAGGCACCAGUUUGGCCUCUCCCUUCAGCAGAGGUGCCGCGUGCCAGGCCCAGCCCUGCUGCCUUGCAGGCAGGUAUUUUUCCCCGAGACAGGUGGGCUCCUAACACCCUGGGCAUUUCUGUCAGGUGGAGCUCAAACCAGAGAUGUGGCUGCUCCCCUCUGUUUAAGGUUACAUAGGCUGAUCUCUGCUCAGGGACAGCUGCCAGCUUUAUACUGGUACCAGGCAGUUACUUAGCUGGGCUCAGGGAUUCUCUAGCAGCAAUCGUGUCUGGGCAGGACAGACAAACAGCCAGGGUCAGUCUGUUUUCCACACAGCUGCUCCCCAGAGAUUUCAACUGCACUUACACCAGGAGAGAAGCAGGCUCAGUUAAUGUUCACUGGUGAAGCUAAACCACAAGGCCUCAAGCCACUGUAAUGCUGGGACUGAGCCAGACUCAUUUCAGUUAGGAGAUCCUGCUACUGGGUUUCCUGUACAUGAGCAGCUCCUUCCCUUGGACAGCCCCCAGAUCCAGUGGGGCUGAGGCUCACAGCCCACAGCCGCACCGACAGCACACAACAGCGCUGAACUGGGCUGCCCUU